GCCGCAGAUUCUGGAAAGUUCUGAUCAGUGCGAUACAUAAGGCUGAGGAAUUGGGACCUCCCCUUUUGGGUCGCUAGUUGAGCGCCGCGCCGGUGAGCAGCGGGUGCAGAUCGAGCCAGUCCUCCCGAGCUUGAGGAGCGCCCCGCGGAGACCGAGCGCCGCUUUCUCCCGUGCUUAGUCCUCCGAGUGCUGCCACUGUCCCCGGGAAGCCGGAGGCGCCGGCAGGCGGGCCGUUCGCGUUUCCGUCCGAGUGACAGAGGAGCGGUCGGACCCCGCGGGAGCCGCGCGCGGCCGGGGCAGGAAGCGGCUGCCGAAGCAGCGGGAGGGCGGCAGGAGGACGCAGACCCAGAGCCGAGGCGGAGGCGGAGGCGGACCGCGACCCGGCCAUGUCGGUGGUGGGGCUGGACGUGGGCUCGCAGAGCUGUUACAUUGCGGUGGCCCGGGCUGGGGGCAUCGAGACCAUCGCCAACGAGUUCAGCGACCGCUGCACCCCAUCAGUCAUAUCAUUUGGAUCAAAAAACAGAACCAUUGGAGUUGCAGCCAAAAAUCAGCAAAUCACUCAUGCAAACAACACAGUGUCUAACUUCAAAAGGUUUCAUGGCCGAGCAUUCAAUGACCCCUUCAUUCAAAAGGAGAAGGGAAACUUAAGUUACGAUUUGGUUCCAAUGAAAAAUGGUGGAGUUGGAAUAAAGGUAAUGUACAUGGACGAAGAACAUCUGUUCAGUGUGGAGCAGAUAACAGCCAUGCUGUUGACGAAGUUAAAGGAAACUGCUGAAAACAACCUCAAGAAACCAGUAACAGAUUGUGUUAUUUCAGUCCCCUCUUUCUUCACAGAUGCUGAGAGGCGAUCUGUAUUAGAUGCUGCACAAAUAGUUGGCCUAAACUGCCUACGACUUAUGAAUGACAUGACAGCUGUUGCUUUGAAUUACGGAAUUUAUAAGCAGGAUCUCCCAAGCCUGGAUGAGAAACCUCGGAUAGUGGUUUUUGUUGAUAUGGGACACUCAGCUUUUCAAGUGUCUGCCUGUGCCUUUAACAAGGGAAAAUUGAAGGUACUGGGAACAGCUUUUGAUCCUUUCUUAGGAGGGAAAAACUUUGAUGAAAAGUUGGUGGAACAUUUUUGUGCAGAAUUUAAAACUAAGUACAAGUUGGAUGCAAAAUCCAAGAUUCGAGCACUGCUUCGUCUGUAUCAAGAAUGUGAAAAAUUGAAAAAGCUAAUGAGCUCUAACAGCACAGACCUACCACUGAAUAUCGAGUGCUUUAUGAAUGACAAAGAUGUUUCCGGAAAGAUGAACAGGUGCGUCUUGAAUUCUGCUAGAUUAAACAGAAGAAACUUCUUGCUGAAACUAUAUCUUGGUCCACAUUUUCAAGAUUAUAUGCUAUAUACUAGGACUGUUCACACCAUUAGAAUUAGGGUCACUUGUGUGAAAAGAGUUGAAGAUGUGAGUGCGGUUGAGAUCGUUGGAGGCACUACACGAAUUCCAGCCGUGAAAGAAAAAAUUGCCCGUUUCUUUGGAAAAGAUAUUAGCACGACACUCAAUGCGGAUGAAGCAGUAGCUAGGGGAUGUGCACUGCAGUGUGCAAUUCUUUCCCCAGCAUUCAAAGUUAGAGAAUUUUCCAUCACGGAUGCAGUUCCCUUUCCAAUAUCUCUGGUGUGGAACCAUGAUUCAGAAGAUACUGAAGGUGUGCAUGAAGUAUUUAGUCGAAACCAUGCUGCUCCUUUCUCCAAAGUUCUCACUUUCUUGAGAAGGGGACCUUUUGAGCUAGAAGCUUUCUAUUCUGACCCUCAAGGAGUUCCAUAUCCAGAAGCAAAAAUAGGCCGCUUCGUAGUUCAGAAUGUUUCUGCGCAGAAAGAUGGAGAAAAAUCUAGAGUGAAAGUGAAAGUGCGAGUCAAUACCCAUGGCAUUUUCACCAUCUCUACAGCAUCUAUGGUGGAGAAAGUCCCAACUGAGGAGAAUGAAGUAUCUUCUGUUGAAACAGACAUGGAGUGUCCAAAUCAAAGACCAGCAGAAAACUCAGACACCGAGAAAAAUAUCCAGCAAGACAACAGUGAAGCUGGAACACAGCCCCAGGUACAAACUGAUGGUCAACAAACCUCACAGUCUCCCCCUUCACCUGAACUUACCUCAGAAGAAAACAAAAUCCCAGAUGCUGACAAAGUAAAUGAAAAGAAAGUUGACCAGCCUCCAGAAGCUAAAAAACCCAAAAUAAAGGUGGUGAAUGUUGAGCUGCCUAUUGAAGCCAACUUGGUCUGGCAGUUAGGGAAAGACCUUCUUAACAUGUAUAUUGAGACAGAGGGUAAGAUGAUAAUGCAAGAUAAAUUGGAAAAGGAAAGAAACGAUGCUAAAAAUGCGGUGGAGGAAUAUGUGUAUGAGUUCAGGGACAAGUUGUGUGGACCAUAUGAAAAAUUUAUAUGUGAGCAGGAUCACCAAAAUUUUUUGAGAUUGCUCACGGAGACCGAAAACUGGCUCUAUGAAGAGGGAGAGGACCAAGCUAAACAAGCAUAUGUUGACAAGUUGGAAGAAUUAAUGAAAAUUGGCACUCCAGUUAAAGUUCGGUUUCAAGAAGCUGAGGAACGACCAAAAAUGUUUGAAGAACUGGGACAGAGACUGCAGCACUAUGCCAAGAUAGCCGCGGACUUCAGAAAUAAUGAUGAGAAAUACAAUCAUAUUGAUGAGUCUGAGAUGAAAAAGGUUGAGAAGUCUGUUAAUGAAGUGAUGGAGUGGAUGAACAACCUCAUGAAUGCUCAGGCUAAAAAGAGUCUUGACCAGGAUCCAGUUGUACGUGCUCAGGAAAUUAAAGCAAAAAUAAAGGAGUUGAAUAACACCUGUGAACCCGUCGUAACACAACCCAAACCAAAGAUCGAGUCACCCAAACUGGAAAGAACUCCAAAUGGCCCAAAUACUGAUAAAAAGGAAGAAGAUUUAGAAGGCACAGAAAAUCUGGGUGCCGAGCCUCCACGUCAGAACGGGGAGUGUUACCCUCACGAGAAGAGGCCCGUUAACAUGGACUUGGACUAGAGCACACUACGUCGGCUUCGUCCUUCAGUCAGUAGAUGUUUCUGCCACAGUAUGUGACUCUACAUAACAUACUGAGACUAUUUAUAUUUUCUUUUUUAAGGAUGUUUAGAAAUUUUGUGUAUUAUAUGGAAAGAGAAAAAAGCUUCAGUCUGUAGUCUUUAUGAUCCUAAAAGGGAAAAUUGCCUUGGUAACUCUCAGAUUCCUGUGGAAUUGUGAAUUCAUACUAAGCUUCUGUGCAGUAUUCCCAUUUGCAUCACUGAGGAUGAAUUUGACUUUUGUCUUUUGGAGAAAAUAAACUGUACUGCUUGUUCAAGAGGGCUGUGAUUAAAAUCUUGAAGCAUUUGUUCCUGCCAAGGUAGUUUUCUUGCAUUUUGCUCUCCAUUUCAGCACGUGUGUGGGUGUGGAUGUUUAUAAACAAGACUAAGUCUGAUUUCAUAAGGGCUUUCUAAUAUUAAUUCUGUCCAAUAGAAUAUGACUUUUUGCUUUGAUAUUAAAAAAAUCCAAUGAGUAAAGCAAAAGCUAGUGAAAUGUGUUAGCAGCAUGCAGAACAAAAACUUUCAACUCUAUCUCUUGUUAUACAGCACAUUGUCAUGUGAAGGCGUAAAUUGGAAGAAAUGUGGAUUCUGUUUGUCACUGAUAUUGUGAAGCUUUUAUGAGCUUUAAAAUAAAGUUCAUCUCAUGGUGUCAUUUCUAAA